ACCUGGGUACAAGGAUAUCGAAGGGCGCGACGUACGAGAUUUAUAUUAGAGUUCCCUGGUAAUUGCUUACUCAGAAGUUUCUGUGAAAGCAACGUGCAACACGUAGUUUGCAGAGCGCUGUUUUAUGAGAAUAAGUUUCCAUUUUCUGUCACGAUUUUUCGUCUAGCAAAAAGUUCGUGCUUAAAGCCGUUUAUAUUUGGGCGUAUUUUAACAACUUUUGAAGUUCAAACUGAAAGAACUAAAGAGAUGGCUACUUCUGGCGCUGAUGCAGCUCAAAACAAUAGUACAGAUGAAAAAGUUUCUAUUAUCACCAAGAAUUUAAAGGAAGUUUUAGGAGGUGACAAAAUCAAGGAAAUUGUUUCAGAAAGGCCACUGAAAGUGUACUGGGGAACAGCGACAACAGGGAAGCCCCAUGUGGCAUAUUUUGUACCGAUGACAAAGAUAGCAGACUUCCUUCAUGCUGGAUGUGAGGUGAAGGUACUGCUUGCUGACCUUCACGCAUAUUUGGACAACCUCAAGGCACCAUGGGAACUGCUUCAAUACCGUGUUCGUUAUUACGAAGAAAUUAUAAAGGGCAUGUUAACAUCCAUCAAUGUUCCUUUGGAGAAGUUGAUAUUUGUAAAAGGGACUGACUUUCAACUUAGCAGAGAUUAUAUACUGGAUGUCUACAAGCUGUCGACUAUUGUGACCGAGCACGAUGCACGAAAGGCUGGAUCUGAAGUUGUGAAACAAGUUCAACAUCCUCUUUUGAGUGGCUUACUGUACCCUGGUUUACAGGCAAUUGAUGAGGAAUAUUUGGGUGUUGAUGCACAGUUUGGUGGCUUAGAUCAGAGGAAAAUCUUCACCUAUGCAGAGAAAUACCUUCCAACGCUUGGGUAUAAAAAGAGGAUACAUUUGAUGAAUCCAAUGGUACCUGGUCUGACUGGUACCAAAAUGAGUUCAUCUGAAGAGGACUCGAAAAUUGAUAUCUUAGAUACUCCUGGUGUGGUGAAGAAGAAGGUGGCUAAGGCGUUUUGUGAGGAAGGAAAUGUUGCGGAGAACGGAGUUCUUUCUUUUGCGAAAUUUGUCAUUUUCCCGAUUUUGGAAUUGCAAGGUGGAAAGGAGUUUGUUAUCGAGCGUAGCGAGGCCAACGGUGGAAAUAUCGUCUUCAAAACUUAUCAAGAUGUUGAGGAUACGUUCGCAAAGAGGGAAUUACAUCCUCAAGACUUGAAGAAUGGCGUUGCAGCUGCGAUAAACAAGUUGCUUGCACCGAUCAUCGAGAAGUUUCAAACUCCUGAGCUUCAGAAGCUCAAAAAGCAAGCUUAUCCCGAGGAAUCAAAAAAGGGAAAGGCUGGUUCAGAGCGUGCCAUGGAUCCUUCCAGACUUGAUAUAAGAGUGGGGAAGAUCAUAUCCGCGGAAAAGCAUCCCGAAGCAGACAAGUUGUUCGUGGAGAAAGUUGAUGUGGGUGAAGCAGAGACGCGUACCGUGAUCAGCGGUCUCUCUGGCUUGUUCCCAUUGGAAAAACUUCAAGAUCGUCUGGUUCUUGUGUUAUGUAACACCAAACCAGUCAACAUGAAAGGUAUCAAAUCUCAGGCAAUGUUGCUGUGUGCAAGUUUGACUGGAUCAGAUGGUAAGCGUGAGGUUGUACCGUUAGAUCCGCCAAAUGGAAGUAAGCCUGGCGACCGAGUAACCGUGGAGGGGUAUGAGCACGAGAGACAUGGAGAGCCCGACGAGGAACUAAAUCCUAAGAAGAAAGUCUUUGAAUCCAUCCAGGUUGACCUGCUGACGUCAGCAGAUGGGGUCGCUGAAUAUAAGGGCAGUCCCAUGGCAACGAGCCUCGGCCAAAUCACGUCAUCAUUGAAAAACGCUACAAUCUCUUAAUUACAUUCAAGUAUUAAAUAGUUUCUAUGUAGAAGGUAAAGUACAAAGAUACUGAUUCCUGUUGGUAAGAUGGACUAUACGUGAAAAGUAUAACAGGAUUUUUGACGGCUUCAGGGAGAGGGGCCUGGGGGGGGGGGUGAAUUCCCCUGAAAACGUUUAGUUGCACUAUAUACAAACUAGCUCUCAAAACCUUUUAUCAAAAUCUCGUUGUAUUUUUCAAUUUAUAGGCCAUCUUAUCAAUAAGUAAAUGUUUAUGAAAUACUUCCAAAGUAAAGCAGUACGAUUAACCCAAUGAUUGACUGAGAAAUAUAUUUCUUUGAUUGCUGCAUGCAACUGUUUAAA